AUGGCAAUAUCACAAUAUAAUGUUAUGCGAACGACCGAAUACUAUGAAAUAACUUAUGAGACACCGUUAUCAAACCAAGCUUAUAUUAUAUGUGAAAUAAUUUUUCAUUUAGAGGCUCAGCCUGACUUGGCUACUUGUUGUUUGGUAUCUCGUCUAUGGAACACUUGUACCACUCCAAUAUUAUGGAAGAAACCUUUUAUGAAACGCGCUUCAACUUUUGAUAAAUUUAUUAGAACUUUAGUUAGAACGAGACAACAUGCUACUUCUUAUGCUUAUGGUUGUUUUAUUCAAAGUCUUGACUUGUCGCGACUUUCUUGUUCUGCUGGUGAAUUGAAUUUGAUAUCUGAAUCUUGUGGAGUUUUAAAAUAUCUCGAUUUUUCUUACGUUAGAGAACUUAAAGAUGAUAUACUUAGUAGAAUAUCAGGACAAUGUUCGGAUUUAAAAUCUCUCAAAUUAUUGAAUUUACCAAAUAUAACUGAUCAUUCUUUAAUGCAAAUCAUUAAUAGAUGUCAUCGUUUAGAACAUCUCGCUAUUGGUGAUUGUAUAAACAUUAAAAAUGAUUCUUUUCUUCAACUUGCUAUUUCUGCUGAACAUCUUGUUACUCUUGAAAUAUUUAUUGGUAAUACUAUUGAGAAUGAUACUUUUAUGCUUAUAACUCAACAUUGUUUACGUUUGAAGAAUUUACAUAUUUGGGAUUGUGGUACUCUUGAUGAUAAUGCUAUUAUUACUAUGGCUUUUAAUUUAAAUAUAAAUUUGGAAUCUUUAAUAUUACAAAAUUUAAGAAAUAUAACUGAUUUAUCUAUGAAACAAGUGGCAAUAAGAUGUCCUAAUAUUCGUCAUUUAGGUUUGGAACCUUAUGAAGGGGUUACAAAUGAUACUUUAAAAGUUAUAGCUAAUUAUUGUUUACGUAUAGAAUCUUUUCAAUUUACUUUACAUAAAGCGGAAAAUAUUUCAAAUGAUGGAUUCUUAAUGAUGGCUGAAAGAUUGAAAUUGCUUAAUAAAGUGACUUUUCAGUAUUCAACCCCUUUUGUUACUGAUGUUACUUUAAGCAUGUUGGGUAUUAGAUCUGCUAAUAAUUUAACUUAUCUUCAUCUUUAUAAUUGUAAUUUUACUGAUUCAUCUUUUUGGGUACUUGAAAAGAGUCAUCCUCCUAUUAGUGAUCUUUGUUUAUUCGCUAUACCUAAUGUUACUGAUGAUCCCAUAAUUGCUCUACUUAGGAGUAUUUCUGGUACUCUUACUUCUUUACAAAUAUCAAAUUGUGAUCGAAUAACAGAAGAUGUGGUAAUUUCUGGUAUAGGAAGAUAUUGUAGAAAUUUAAAGAAAUUAAGUUUAUUCCCUUCAACGGAUUUUACAAUACGUGAUUUAGAUGCAAUCGUUUCAGUAUGUUUACAAUUAAAAGAAUUUUAUUUAGCCAGUACUGAAGAUAUUCCAAAUACGAUUAUUGCACCAACAAUAACGCGUCUUAGAAAUCUCGAAAAAUUACGGAUUCGUGUUAAUCCUAAUUUAACACCGGAUGAUGUAUCGAUGAUUUGUUGUGGUUGUUAUAAAUUACAAGAAUUCUUUUUUGGACGCAGUGAAUAUUUAAACGAUGAUUUUGUUCAUAAUUAUAAUCUUGAUGGAAGAAAAAAACCUCUUAUAGUAUUGGGACCAUGA